CGACGCGGAAAAUGAAGGCGUCGCGUGUUUCUCCUCAUUUCCUCUUCUCUUCCAAAAGCUAGGGUUUUCUAGGCGAGAGGCGAUUUGUGCUGCGACCACGAUCGAGAGGUCGUUUUUCCAUCAAAUCGACGAGGAAGAGUGUUCUGAUCGACUUCACCGUCCUUUAUGGAUCCCUCAGAAGAACGUAAACAUUCAAAACAACAAAAGGAGUACUGUGACAUGUUAGGCUUCGUGGAGGAUUCACAGUACGGUAUUCCAAUACGGUGUGCUUGCGGUGGGAGAAUCAUUGACGAGGUCCGGGGGAAGGAAGACUACGACAGUCAUCCUGGAAAGAGGUUCUUCACGUGCAUAAACUAUGAAGAUAAUGGGUUGCACUAUAGUCAUCCUUGGGUGGUUGGUGUCCAGGAGGAGAUGGAAAGGCUGAGGAAGCGUCUGGAAGAGGCUGAGGAGAUUAUCAAGGGGGUGCCGAGUCUCAAUUACCAGAUUGAGAGCCUGGAGGAACAGGUUCGAAGCCUCACUGUCCAGGUCGGUACCCUAGAGAAGCUGUGCUUCGACUGAAAUAGAGAGGUAAAUGUUCUAACCCAUCUCUAGCUGUGAUGUAGACUGUAAUGUGUUUGGCGGGAAUUGAUAACUAGAACUAGAAGAAUUGAUAACUAGAACUAGAAGUAUUUAAAAUUCGCGUUUUAAAAUUCUCUAGAACUAGCCUUGAUAACUAGAACUAGAAGUAUAACUAGAACUAGAAGUAUUUAUUAGUAAGAGUAGCCUUGCUCAGAAAAGUAGAGUGGAAUUAAAUCUGUCUUUAAGUAGUUGAUAGUAUUAAGUUGUUGAUUUGAUGUGUAUUUAGUUCUCUGUGUGGAGUAGUUGUUCUCCAUUAGGUUUUAUAUUCAAUGCUUGGCUGGUUGAAUUUAAUUUAGCUCUACUACCUGCGUGAAAACAACCUUAAAUAGAGCAGUCCAUAACCCCAUUAUCUUUAAAAAUAUACCUAAACCAUAACUAAAACAUAAACCAAAACCAUGGAACCCUUUUCCACACAAACUUCCGGUUUCAUUUCCCUACUAGCUUCGCAGAGCAGUCCAUACCCUAACUGCGACCCUCCAGAAGCAGUAGCUAACUCUACUGGGUUAGUGAAACCGGCUUCCAAGAGGAAGUGGACAACUAAAGAGGACCUUGUGCUCAUCAGUGGUUGGCUGAACACGAGCAAGGACCCUAUUGUCAGUAAUGAGCAGAAGAUCACCUCCUUUUGGAGGAGAAUAGAGGCGUACGUGAAUUCUAGCACUCUGCUCACUGGCAGCGCUCCAAGAGAGUGGGGUCAGUGUAAGCAGAGGUGGGGAAGGGUCAACGAGCAAGUCUGCAAGUUUGUAGGCAGCUAUGACGCGGCUUUGAAGCACCAAUCAAGUGGUCAAAAUGAUGAUGAUGUGAUGAAGGCUGCCCAUGAGAUUUUCUUCAAUGAUUACCAAGCCAAAUUCACCAUGGAACACUGUUGGAGGGAACUGAGACAUGAUCAGAAGUGGAAGUCAGUUUUGAAGUCAAGAGAUGGCGGGAAGGAGAAAACGAAGGAAGCUGAACAGGUAAUGGCUGAGGACGAGGUUAGACCACCUGGUGUUAAGGCUGCUAAAGCAGCCAAACGCAAGAGGCACGGGAAAGAAGCUGCAUUCGAUCAAAUAGAGACCAUCCUGGCUGAGAGAAAAAAGAUCUCCCAGCACAAAAUCCUACAACUUCUACUAGCCAAGAUUGAGACUGAUCUAACCCCUAACGAAAUAACCCUCAAACAGAAACUCAUAUCUGAACUACUUGAUUGAUUUGGUUAACUUGCUUGAUCGAAUCUGUGUUUUCUUUAUUUUUUGCCUCAAUAUGUGUAGUAAUUAACUUAUGUUGUCACGUUAUUGUUGUGCAGGUUGCUUUGUCAGGAGUUGCACGAUCACGGGUUGGUGUCUGUUGCUGUCUCACGGGUUGGUGUCUGUUUUUCUGUCGUAUGCUUUAUGUCUAUCGGAUGCAGUGUAGUAUUUUUGUUGGUUUCUACACUGAUGUUGCUUUGUUUCACGGGUUGUACUUGUUCUCUACAAUGCUUUGUUUCACGGGUUGUACUUGUCACGGGUUAUGUAACAAAACAAGCAUAUAUAAAUAUGCUCUCUUGAUGUAUGCUUUUAUAAAUCAAAAAACUCUGCUUCUCUUGUUACUCUUCGAUUCACAUGUUCAACUCCAUUUCUCUUUGCCUCAACGUACAUCACCAACAAGAAGCAACCAAACAACCACCAAGAACCAAGAACCAAACGUAAGUUUUAAACAAAAACUUACACUUUUGUUAAACAUACCUGUAAUAAUUAUUCAAAGUUAGAAAUAUUCAAUAGUUUGGAUAAUACAAAGAGUUCAUCGAAUUGUUAAAAGUUUUAAAUAUUCAAGAAUUAUUCAAAGUUAUAAAUAUUUAAUAAUUAUGCAAAGCUAAAAAAAUUCAAUGAAUACUCUAGCUGAUUUGGACCAGUAAAAGUUAUAAAUAUUUAAUAAUCAUUCAAAAACAGGAACAAUGUCAAGCAACUCAGAUGAUGAAGUAUAUGAAGUAUUUGAAGAAAUGGUCGACCAACAAAUUGAUGAUUACAUCGAGUCUGCUCUAACCAAACAGCCGAAGACACGAGUAUAUAUCGAAAGAGAUCGGGAAGUAGGACACAUGCAACUUUGGCAAGACUAUUUCAGUGAAAAUCCUACAUACACACACGACUUGUUUAGGCGACGUUUUCGAAUGAACAAGUCAUUGUUCCUUCGCAUUGUCGAACGUCUAGGUAAUGAAGUUCCAUACUUUCAACAACGGAGAAAUGGUCAUGGAAGGAACGGCCUCUCUACACUUCAAAAAUGCACUUCAGCUAUGAGAAUGUUGGCUUACGGUCGUGCCGGAGAUGCAAAUGACGAGUAUCUCCGACUUGGGGCAAGUACUGCAAUUUUAUGUUUGGAGAAUUUCGCGGAAGCGAUAAUACAAGUGUUUGGAGAUGAGUAUCAAAGAAAACCAACACCUGAAGAUCUUCAAAGACUACUUGAUUCUGGAGAGGCACGGGGGUUUCCGGGAAUGAUAGGCAGCAUCGAUUGUAUGCAUUGGGAGUGGAAAAACUGCCCAACUGCUUGGAAAGGUCAGUUCACACGUGGUUUGGGAAAACCGACAAUUGUCUUAGAAGCCGUGGCAUCACAAGAUCUUUGGAUAUGGCACUCAUUUUUCGGAUUACCAGGUACACUCAACGAUAUCAAUGUUCUUGAUCGGUCACCGGUUUUUGAUGAAAUUUUACAAGGUCGAGCUCCUAAAGUGAAGUUCAAGGUGAACAACCACACUUAUCGUAUGCCCUACUAUCUUACCGACGGGAUUUAUCCUAAUUGGGCAACAUUUAUCCAAUCCAUCCCGCUUCCUCAAGGUCCUAAAGCAGUGGCAUUUGCAAAACGUCAAGAAUCGACCAGAAAAGAUGUAGAACGGGCAUUUGGAGUCUUGCAAUCGAGGUUUGCAAUUGUUAAAAACCCUGCUCUUAAAUGGGACAAAGAAAAGAUAGGAAAGGUAAUGAGAGCCUGUGUCAUAUUGCACAAUAUGAUAGUAGAGGACGAAAGACAAGGAUACAUUCUAGCUAAUACAUCUGAGUUCGAGUCAGGAGAAUCUAGCCGAAGUUCGGAGGUGAGAAGGAGAGAAAGUGUGAAUGUUGAUAUGCUUAACAUUCGCAAUCAGGUUCGGGAUUCACAAAUUCAUGAGCGUCUCAAAGCUGAUUUAGUUGAAAAUGUAUGGGCAAAAUUUGAUGAUCGUAGUGACUAAUCUUUUGUAUGUUCUUGAAUUUCCAAUGUAUUGAAUAAAACCUUUUACAAUUUAAUUAAAAAUAUUUUCUAAGUUUAUGAAUUCUCAAUGUAUUGAAUUACAACUUCUUUAAAAAAAACAAAUUUUUUAUUUUUCUCAAACUUUGUUUUUUUUCCCAAAAAUAUAUUAUUUUAUUCGUAUGAACCCGAACUUGAGGUUCAUUGAUGCAUAACCAUAUAUGAGAGGGUUCAACACUGUUCACUGGCCCCACCAUUAAAUUUAUAAAAAAAUCCAAUGAACCCCAAGGGGGGGUUCAUUGAUGUACAUGCUCUUACUGUUAGAUGUAUAUUGGUUCAAUUUCUUCUAAAUGUCCUAUAUUAGAUUUUUUAUCCGUAAUAAGAGAGAAAAUCCAGUCCAAUCACUGAAAAUCGUUUUUAUCGUUGUCAGAAAUCGUCUUCACUCAGAAUUAAAAUUUGAAUUUGAGAAUUUCAAAAUUUUUAGGUUUAGUGAAAGGAUAAUUGAUAUGAAACUAACCGGGACAUCUAAUUCUGGUGAUAAAAGAUUCACAGUUGUGAGUACCGCCACCUAGGUUCGAUUCCCGGCAACUGCGGAUUUCACAUUUGGACCGCAGCAACACAGAUUAGUUCUUUGGACCUAUGAAGCUGUGUAUAAUAAGAAAAAAAAAUUGAUAUGAAACCAAGGUAAGUUAUUUAUGAUUUAACAGUUGAUUUUUUUGGUUAUCAAGUUGUCAAGUCAACUAUUAGUUAGAGAACAAAAUCGUGCAAGCAAUACUUUCAUAUUAAACUUGUUGAUUUCAAAUAGUUGAGAAUUUAAAUGUCUAUUUUCUCGUUUAUGAAGUUACAAAAAUAUUUUACUCAAUAGAUUUACAAUUUAUAUGAUUUGAUACAUACGGUAAAAAGGAAAAAACUGACACAAUCAAAAUUGAGUUUUCACGUACUGUAUAGCAAAAUAGUUUUUAAGAAAAACUUCAUCGUGGAUAGGAUCACUGUUGAUCAUUUUGUGUAUUUUCGAUCGUUCAUAAUCAUUUUGUUUUAAUCCAGAAAUGCUUUUGAUCAUUUUGUUUUGGACUGGCAUAUUUUACUAUUAAUUUUUUACUGUGUUUGUAUCAUGAAUAAUUGUAUAACUGUUUUGUAUCACGGAACAAAGGAGAUGAUUGGUUGGGUUGCAACUGUAGCAAAUUUACUUUAGAAUUUAGUAUGUAAAAUUUUUAUUUACUUUUAGGAGAUAUAGCUUUAAAAUUUCCUACAGCUAAAAAGAUGUGGCUUUAGAAAACAAAAUUUUUACGGCUAUUUUUUUUUUGUUUUUUUUGCUGCAGUUUUAAUUUUUUGGUUGUACCUUUAAAAACUAAUAUAAAGUAUGAUUGAUAGUUUUUAAGGCUGUAGAUGAAAAUUAGAGUUUUUUUUGUUUUUUUUGCUGUAGUUUUAAUUUUUUGGUUGUACCUUUAAAAACUAAUAUAAAGUAUGAUUGAUAGUUUUUAAGGCUGUAGAUGAAAAUUAGAGUUAUUUUUGUUUUUUGCUGCAAUUUUAAUUUUUUGGUUGUAUCUUUAAAAAUUAAUAUAAAAUAUGAUUGAUAGUUUUUAAGGCUGUAGAUGAAAAUUAGAGUUAAAGUCACUUCUUACGGCUCCACCAAUCACUCCAAAAGUUUUGAUUGGUAUUUGGUGGAGUAAAAGUAGUAGAAAUAAAUAGGUGAAAAAUGGAAGAACACCAAAAGUUAAACUCGGAGUAUAAUGUUCCUUACAUUUAUUAUAGAGUAAUAGAUUACUCUACUUUUAAUCAUUUUUGGAGUAAAUGGGCAGAAAAUCAAUUUGGCUUGAUUGGUUGAAAAGAGAGUAACUUGCAGAAAAUUUUGUUACUCUAUUUUGAUUAUCGCUAGAAAAUUUUGUUACUCUACUUUUAUUAUCGCUACCAUUACCUUCCAAUCACACUCAAAGAGUGGAAAGAUAGAACUAUACAAAUUGUUGUAUGAUAAACAUGUAUCUAUCUUAGUAAUUUUUUGUUGUAUAACUUGCACGUAUAAUAUAAAAAGUUACUGAUAAUUUAUAUUUUGGACAUAACUGAAUUAUAUUUAAAGCUUUUAAUUCUCUGAGAGACUUAGCAACAAAACAUGAGUAAAAGUUGUAUGAUUGUAUCUAACUUACAUAAAGCAAAGCGUUUAAGACUGCUAAAUACCAAACUUUUACAAUUUCCAACCGUGCUUCCUUAUGACGAUGCCUUGAUAGGACUUACCGAGCAAUCUACCGAAUUAUCCAGAAGUGAUAAGACACUCGGUUCAUGUUAGCCAAUAGCUAGAAGAUACAAAUAUUUUUGCAAGUUUGGUGUAUCACCUUUGAUUAUAUAUGAGGAAAUUAAAAAGCUUGUUUGCAAUUAGUCAGGUUGGGCCUGGCGAGUGACGUCUUAGUGAUACAGAAUACGUAUUAAGAAGAAGAAAAAGUCGGCGAAAUAUACGGAAUGUCCCGUUCGGAGCGUACCGCUGAAUGAAGGCAUGUGGUUAUGGGCUCAUAUAACUCUUAUGAUCGUUCUUAAUUUUGUGCAUAGCUUAUGAAUCCUUGGCUCAAAUUCACUUAAGCUCCUAAAGUUUAGUGCUUAGAAUCACAUCAGUUGUGUUAGCACUAAUCUACUUUACUAGAUUAGUCCUAUUAUACUUCUUCAAGUUUUUUUAAAUAUUUUUUUGGGUUUGUACAAGUAAAUUGACUUCUUGAAGCAUCUUAGACUUCAAGUCAACACUUGUAAUCUUCUGUUCGUUUACUAUUUACAUUUCUAGCAAAAAAAAUUAUCCAUAUAUAGCUUAUGGCUGCCAUAAAACAUUGAAUAGUGGACAUCAGAAUGUUUUAAUUGAACAGUGGUUAAGUUUAAUACACUGAACAGCGGUUGGAUUGUAGAACAUCUCGGAAGAAGUGUAAGAUCAAAGAUUUUGUUAGAAAAAAAAAAUUAAUAUAUCUCCACAAGAAAUAGCUGACUUUUAGUACACUAAACAUCGGUUGGAUUGUAUAGACCACCUCGGAAAAGUGUAAGAUCAGAAGAUAUUUUUAGAAAAAAGGAAAUUAAUAUAUUU